CAGCGCGGGAGGCCGCCGGGCUGAGGGAGCUGCCGCUGGCGGGCCUGCGGGCAUGGAGCGGGGCGAGCGCGGCCUUCCUGGGGAGGAGGGGGAGCAGGAGGAGGAGGAGGAGGAGGAAGGACAGGUGCCGGCCCCGCGGCCCCUCACGGAGGCCGCCCUGAGGGAGGGCCUCUCGCUCCUUGGUAAGACAGGCGACGGCCUGGCCCACGCCUAUGUGAAGUUUGAAGCGAAAUACAAGGACUUGACAGACAUCAGCCUCCUCAAAUGCUUCAUUCACCUGCGAUAUGUGGAUCUGUCAGAGAACAAGCUGCAAGAUUUAUCUCCACUGAACAGCCUAACCCACCUGCUUUGGCUGAAGGUUGAUGGGAAUCUGCUUACCAGUGCCUGCAUGCAGGAGCUGCCCUACCUCCAGAUCAUCAGCUUUGCUCACAACCGCAUCAAGGAUAUGGAGGGCAUUACUCACCCCCGCUUAGCCAACCUCAGCCUGAAAGGAAAUAAAAUUGAGACAGCUCUGGGCCUGAGUCACGGCCGAUUGUUCAGCCUGCAAAUCCUGGAGCUGCGAAGGAACAAGCUAGAGAGCACAGCAGGGCUCAGCCUUCCCAUGCUCAAGAGCCUCUACCUGGCCCAGAACGCCAUUUGGAGCCUAGAAGGCCUUGAGGAGCUAGGGCAGCUGACUACUUUGCACCUGCGUGACAACCACAUUGAGACCCUGGAUGGAUUCUGCAGUAGCAUGAAGUGCUUGCAGUACCUCAAUCUACGGAACAAUGGAAUCAGCAGCUUUCAGGAGGUGGCAAAACUGCAGGUCCUCCCCAUGCUGCAGGCACUGGUGCUGUUGGACAAUCCAUGCUCUGAUGAACCUGAUUACAGGUUGGAGGUCCUGGUCCUGCUGCCACACCUGCAACGCCUCGACAAGGAAUUUUUUGAGCAAGAUGAGCGGGCAGAGGCAAACAAAAUCCGUCAGAAAAGGCAGGAAGAAGAAUAGGAAAUGGAAGGAUCUCUCCAGGGAGAUGUGACUGAGUGACCCUGGUUUUUAACACCUGUUCCCAGAGCCAGCCAAGAUUUGGAGACGCCUUCCCUGACGUGUGCAGCUGGGAGAAGUGAGAGCUGUAGGUACCGCAGCUACUGUCACCUCAUUUUGCCCCUGGAGAAGAGGGGAGGGCUGCCCACCCCAGUCCUGGAAGUUGCCCUGAGGCACUGCAGUGUUUUUGCAGUCACUGCACUCAUACGCUCUGUUCUCGGUAGAGGCCCAAGAGGGAAAAGGGGAAAGGGAAGAGUUACAGGUUCUGUGGUUUGAUUUAUGGCUCCCAAAAAUCUGACAAGAUUUUCUGUUUUGAAUAAAAAUAAUUAAUGAGCCUGGA